UGAGCAUCGAGAUAAGGAUUAGCUGAAAAAAAAUGAAAUUGUUUAUUUGUGUAUUCACGCUUGCAACACUUGUGGCUGCUGGUAGCGCUCACAGUGAAGGUAAAGAUGCAGCAACGCAAGACAAAGCGGACACAGCGACGUAUGAAGAGAUCCUUGUGGAAUCAUCGCUCAACGUGCGCAAGACUAAUCCAUCUUCGAGGAGGCACGUGAGAAGCGUCGUGGACCUUUUGGUUCCAAACAACGCGCGAGUGAAGCGUCAAUUUGGUGGUGAUUUUGGAGCAUCUAGCGCGCAGGCAAAUGCUAAUGCUUUCAACCAGCAGUUUGGUCCAAAUGGUUUUGGAGCAAGUGCAGCCAACGCGGGUGCACAGUCGUUUUUCAACCAGGGACCAGGAGGUGGUUUUGGGGCCUCGGCAGCCAACUCUGCGUCACAAGGGUUCCAAGCAGGCCCUAAUGGAAUCACGGGUUCCGCUGGACAGUCUGGAAGCCAGUCGUAUAAUCUUCCUGGGAACCGUGAAAUAAGUCUGUCAUACACCGGUGGAUUCUCUGUUGCCGAUGGUAAACCAAGUGUAUCGCAAGGAAACUCUAUCAGUUUCACCGGAUAAUCAGUGUUCGACAAGGCAAACGUUGGAUGAAUUUUAAACAUUGGAGAACGUGUCAAAAUAUAUGUCGAAAGUAAAAA